AUGUCUGUAAAAACUAGUAACGAUGUGUCCACAUCUGUAAGCUUUAUAUCCCUUGAAAUGGCUGAAAGAAUGUUGACUAAAUUUGAUGGCAGUAAGGCGCGUAUACACGAUUUUUUAGAUAAUUGCGACAUUGUUAAUAAUUUAAUAAAUCCGAGUUUGAAGAAAAUAUUAUUACAAAUCAUAAUAACAAAAAUUACUGAUAAUGCUAGGUCGAUGAUUAGAAAUAGAGAAUUUCAAUAUUGGGAAGAUUUAAAAAAAUAUUUGUUAGAUAGAUAUACAGAAAAGCGAACAUUAGGUCAAUGGCAAUUAGAACUUAGUAGAUGUAAACAAAAUUAUAAUGAAAACGUCAUACAGUAUGCCAACAAAGUAGAAAAUUGUUAUAUAAAAUUAAUUAACUCAUUAGAUGCCUAUAACCAAUCGCCAGAUGCAAGAAAAGCAUGUGUAGAUCUAUUAAAAUCACAAGCGUUAAGUGUUUUUAUAACAGGAUUAAAAAUAGAUUUGAAUUUAAAAUUAAAAGCUCUCCAGCCUAAAACUUUACAAGACGCAAUUUCUUUGGCUGUGGUUAAAGAACAACAGUUAAAAGGCAAAAACGAAAUUUCCAAAUUUCAAAAUUUAAAUAUAUCAAACACCAUACACUUCCAUAAAUGUAAUAAACCUGACCACACAACUGUCAAUUGCAGAGUUCGAUCAUUUACAGAGCCUAAUAAAAAGUUCAAGUAUUGUAAUUAUUGUAAAAAGAAAGGUCACGUUAAAGAUGAAUGUUAUAUAUUAAAAAAUAAAAAUUCUCCCAAUAACCUUAAUAGUAAUAAUAAUUUCCAAAAACGAGAAUCAAGUAACAAAAGUCGUUUUUCAAAUAGCAAUGGGAACUCAUCAGACUCUAAUCAAAAAAACUAA